AUGGAUUUUUGGUUAGCUGGAAUUUUUGUUCAUUUAAUUUGUUUACUUUCAAUUGAUUUGGCAUUCCCCGCACGCCGAGUGAUUAUUUUUAAACAAAAAAUUAUGAAAAAAAGAAUUAAUGAUAAUAAUGAUAUUCCUUUAGAAAGUAGAGAAAUUGAUAAUGAAUUAAUUGUGCAUAAAGGACAAAGGAAACAAAGAAGAAGAAUAACAACUACUUUAAAUUCAAGUAAUUAUUCAUCUCCUUUAAUUUCUUCGUUGUCUCGGAAAUUAGGAGUACAUCAACACAAAUUUCCAACUUUCGGUCGGCAUUUACAUCAUCAUCUCCCUUCAUCCUCCAAUUCAUUACUUCAUCAUUAUGUUUCAAGCCCAAAACUUUCUGGCAAUCAACAAAAACAACAAAAAUCUCCAAUAUUUUCAAAUUAUAAACGACGAAUUCUUUCUGGUAAUUUAUUUAAAAAUUUAGAUGAAAAAUUAUUUUCUUUUUAUCGACAAAAUAUGAAUAAAUAUUAUUAUAUUUUCAACUUUUUAUUUUCAGUAUUACCAACCUCUAUAUCCUCAUCACCUUCUUCUCCCUUUAAUUCAACAAAAUACAUUAAUCCCUAUAAUCAAAUAAUUAGAACUUCAUCAGUUCCUCCAUAUAAAGCUACUUCUUCCUCUUUCUCCGAGGCUGGGAAAGAAGAUGUUAAUGAUGGAAGAAGACAACGAGCAAUAGCUCAAUUACUCAACGAAAUGGAAAGAAUUAGAAAUAUUGACAAUGAUGACAAUGAAGCCGUUGAAGGAACAAAUAAAUUAAUUAUUCAGUCUUCUAGUCAACAAAACUCUUCUUUAAUAAAAAAUCAACAAAAUAAACAAUUUUUAAGAGCACCACCACCUCCACCCCCAUCCAAACCUCCUACCAAUAUUCCUCAAUCCUCCCUACCUUCACAACAACAAAAUAAUUAUUAUUCAUUUAAAUACCCUCAAAAUGUAGCAGGACAAUAUAAAAUUGGGAAAGUACAACAAUUUUCUGAUGAGGAAGAAGAAGAAGAGGAAGAAUUGGGUAGAAUUGAAGGUAGUGGGUUGGGAAUGCCUCGACAGAAGAGAAUUCCAUUCUUGGCUAUCUUUACAAGUUUUUGCAUUUUUCUCUGUGGUUACCUCAUUAUAGUUUUGAUGGUAUUAUUUGAAUGGCUAUAA